AUGUUGUUCAGAGGAAGAACCUGGGUUUGGUUAUACAUCAGGACAAGUAUCAUUCUAGGAAGUGAACUAGGUAGUCCGGAGCUACCUGAGAGAAAGAAAAAUCUUUGUUAUCAGUUUAACAGAUUUAACUGCAGCUUUGAGGAAGCAGAAAAUUACUGUCGUGCCCACCAAGGACAACUUGCUCAUACUUGGAACAAGGGAGUUGAGGGUUUCCUCUCACACAUUUUGGACGAAGGAAAGAAGUGGUGGAUUAGGGAAAACUUUAAGGCAAGUAAGCAUCGUGGGGAAAACCACCCAGGUAAGGCUCUGGGUCAGUGUUUAGGAAGGAACCUCCCUCACAUUUUAUUUUGGAACAGGAGAAAGAAAACAAUUUUGAUCUUUCUGCCUUUGUAUGCAGAAAAAUCAAUCACUUUACUUCAUUACCAUCCUUCCAUUAAAUAUUUUUAUGUCGCAGGCCCAGCCCAUCCGCCAAAGCCCUCUGGCUGCACCUACCUGUCCGAAGACUUGAGAGGGAUCUCAUCUAAAAAGGACAAGUGCUCACGGAAAUAUUAUUUCAUUUGCCAGACUGAUUUCAUUCCCGAUCAAAAUGCCAGUCAUGAAAGAAAUGAAGGUAAUUUCCCUUUAUGCCAAAGACCCAAGAAGACAGAGGGAGAUGUUGCAAUACCAAGAAACGACAUGAACCCAGAAUUUCUUUGCUUCGUGUGUCACCAUUCUGAUCCUGCUGAACGUCCCCUAUGUUACUCCAUCAACCCCUUCCCUUUGAGGCAACCGAAUGUCACACCGGGGGGAUCAUCAGUUGGGUCUGUGACAACCAGCCAGCCUCUCCCUGUGACAACAGAGCUCACCAGGCCUGUCACACAUGCUGGAAAAGUUCUGGCAGAAAUGACUUCAAGCCCAAAGGAGGACUCACAGACGGAUGUCUUCACUUACAUACAAGCAUCGUUUCAGAAUGCAUCUGACCAGUUCAUAAAUGGCAUAGCCGAGAAAUUUAGCAGAGCGGUUCAUGGUUUGCAAGCACAUGACAAACUGCAGGAAGCUUGCAAGAUCCUCCGGACACUGACAGCCUUUGCCCCACAAUUGUCUAAGCCAGCUCAGGUCAGCGUCAUCAAUUCUCUUAUUUACCUGAGUGAGCAGCUGCUGAAGAUGCCAUUUCAGAACAGCAGCAGUCGGGGCUUCAAAAAUUCCGUGACCGUCAGUCUCUUCCACUCCGUCAACAACGUCAUGGAAGCUGGUGAGGAAGUUUGGCAGAACUCUGAGCAGGAGGCCGAGCAGGUAGAAGACAUGCUAGAAAUGUCCUUGGCGGCGCUUAGGAACAUCCAGGAAGCAUUUCUACAGCAGAACCAUUUUCUUGCAUCUCCACUGACCGUGACCUCUUCUGUUUCCACUCUGAUGCUGAGCAGCCAAAACAUAUCAACUUUGCCUCUGAGCUCUUACACCCUGGGUCACCCAGCACCUAUGAGGUUAUGCUUUCCGUCAGCUUGGGCUUUGGAGAAGCUCCUGAACAAAUGCCCAAGAGUUAAUGUCCAAGUGGCAGGACUAGCUUUAAAUCCCUUCAAGCAUUUUGGGGAUGGAAAUAUUGUUGGAAGCAUUGGAAGUGUGAAACUGAGCUACAAUAAUACACUGCUCCAAGUCCAGGAUUUAAUGGAAGACAUUGAGAUCAUUCUCUGGAGAAAUGUUAGCGUGGAAACCCAUCCCAUCAGCCUCAACACGAGCACAGACCGUUUUGCGAUCACAGUGAACGUGACUUCUUCGGAGAAAGCCCUGAUAGUGAGCAUAGAGCCUGAAAGUCCCCUUUUGAUGACACUGUACCUGGGCUACCAGUAUCAGCCUAACCACACGCACUUCCACCUGAACAUCACCCUUCCGAAGGACCAGGUGUGGCAGAAAGAUGAGGAGUACACAUGGGUGCUGACUCAGGAGAGCCUGCGGUACGGGCCUGGCACCUACUACAUAACAGCCACGUGGAACGGGAGCCAGGACGGCGCUCAGCUGACACCCCCCCUGGUCUCCGUCGUCACUGCCAGCACUCAGUGCUAUUUCUGGGACAGCCAGAACAGGACGUGGAGGAGCAACGGAUGCCAAGUUGGGCCGCGGAGCACCAUUUUGAGGACACAGUGUUUCUGUAACCACCUGACCUUCUUCAGCAGCGACUUCGUCGUCGUUCCCAGGACGGUGCACGUUGAAGACACGAUCAAACUGUUCCUUCGCGUGACCAGCAAUCCUGUUGGGGUGUCCUUGCUGGCCAGCCUCUUCGGGUUCUAUCUGAUCAUAGUCGUGUGGGCUUGGAGGAAAGAUCAAGCAGAUGUGCAGAAGGUGAAGGUCACUGUCCUGGCUGAUAAUGACCCCGACUGUCAGUUUCGCUACCUUGUUCAGGUCUACACAGGAUAUCGAAGAAGGGCCGCUACAACAGCUAAGGUUGUCAUCACGCUCUAUGGAUCAGAGGGACGGAGUGAGCCCCAUCACCUUUGGGACCCGCAGAAGAUGGUGUUUGAGCGGGGAGGCCUGGACGUCUUCCUUCUCACCACUCGGUCCUCGCUGGGGCAGCUGCACGGCCUCCGGCUCUGGCAUGACAAUUCUGGCGCCAGUCCUUCCUGGUAUGUAAGCCAGGUGAUUGUCAGUGACGUGGCAGUUAAGAGGAAAUGGCACUUCCUGUGCAACUGCUGGCUGGCCGUGGACAUAGGAGAUUGCGAGCAGGACCGGGUCUUCGUACCGGCCUCAGAGAGAGAGCUCCUUUCCUUUAGGUACGCUUGGGAAAUCACUGUUAGCAGUAGAUACAAUGCUUUUCUUUCAGUGAGUCCGUUUGCCCUGACCUGGUCCGAACUGCUUGUCAGCGUCCAAACGGCUGUCAUCCUUUUCCCAGUCAAUCUUGUCGUUGGGCAGCUCUUCCCGUUGAUCCAGCCUCGGGAAACGCUGCCGCCGCCCUUACCCUCCUCCCAGGCCUCCUGCCUCUCGGAUGCUUCUAUCCAGCCCCUCUCGCUCACAAAGGUGGUCGAGGAAUUAAAGGAAACUGUGGGAUUCUUGCUCAGGAGAAAUCCAUAUCUGCUUUCAGAGUGUGAUCAAUCUUCAUGGAGUUCUCAUGACAUUAACAAGCUGGCGACACUCUUAUCCAGCCUCAUUUAUUCUCACUUAGAGGGUCAAGGUUGUCAUCAGGCAGAACCCCCCUGGGCAAAUGGGAAAGUGGCUCCUGAAAACCACCGUCACUUCUGCUGUUACCUGCUCCGAGUUCUGCAGAGGCUGAAAUGUCACAUAGGCACACUGGGUCUCACUCAGGGUCACCAGCCCUGGGACUCCCUAGAUACAGCCAGCCAGCUUCAGAAACUCCAGGAACUCUUGAAAACACAUACUCUUCCCUCGGAGGAAGAGCCGUCCAGGGAGAUAACCAGUUUCCCCAUGCUGAGCUCAGGAGAAGGGAAGAAUCCCAUCUCUGGCAGCCUGCCCACAUGGUUGCCUUACAUCUGCUGGCUCCUCCUAGGGGUCACUAGCCUGGCUUCAGCCUUUUUUACAGCACUUUAUAGCUUGGAAUUGAACAGAGACCAAGCCACCAGCUGGGUGGUUUCGAUUAUUUUAUCAGUGCUUCAGAACAUCUUCCUCAGCCAGCCAGUAAAGGUGAUCGUCCUCACAUUCUUACUCUCACUGAUGACGAACAGGAUGCCGUGGCUUAACAAGGAGAAAGAACAACAAACGAGGAGGGUCUUGGCACUCUUGGCAAAAUGUUCUUCACCAUUACCUGGUUUGAGAGACAAGAACAACCCCAUCACAGUGGCCCCAGCUAUGAACAGUCCAACGAAGCACCCAGAAAGAACCUUGAAAGGGAAGAGGCUCUUCAGGCUGACUGGAGAUAUUUUGGUACAAAUCCUCUUCCUUAUCCUGUUGAUGACUACGGUCUACUCUGCAAGGAACUCCAAUAGAUUUUACCUCCGUCAAGCUAUCUGGAAGAGCUUUUCUCAACAUUUUUCAGAAAUCAAACUUCUUGAGGAUUUCUACCCCUGGGCCAAUCGCACCCUCCUUCCUAACCUGUACGGGGAUUACAGAGGAUUUAUUACUGAUGGGAACUCCUUUCUUUUGGGCAACGUUCUGCUUCGUCAGAUUCGUAUUCCCAAUGCUACACUCUCCCCAGCUACAGUGUCUCCCCAAGAACAAGCGAGGCCAUCUCACCAACACCAGGAGGAUACGGGGAACUAUGGGGUAAAUUGGGGACCCCCUGACACGAGCAUCACAGAAUCAGAUAGCAUUUGGCAUUACCAGAAGCAGGAGACACUGGGUGGUUAUCCUGUCCAAGGGGAGUUUGCCACUUACUCAGGAGGCGGAUAUGUUGUCAAACUUGGAAGAAACUCCAGUACUGCAACCAGAGUUCUACAGCAUCUUGAACAGAGUCACUGGCUAGACCAAUGCACAAAAUGCCUCUUCGUGGAAUUUGUGGUCUUCAAUGCUAAUGUGAACCUGUUCUGUGUUGUGACCCUGAUUUUGGAGUCCAGUGAUGUGGGUGCUUUCUUCACUUCUGUGAGACUGGACAGUUUACCUUCCCUGCAGACAUCAAAGAAGGGCUUUGCCUGGUCCGUCAUCGCACAAGUCGUCUAUUAUCUACUCGUCUGUUACUAUGCCUUCGUGCAGGGUCGCCGGCUGAAACGGCAAAGGUGGAAGUUCUUCUCUAGGAAGAGAAACAUUCUGGUCACUGGCAUAAUCCUCAUUAGCUUCACCAUCUUGGGGCUUGACGUGAAGAGCAUUUCUCUCCAUAAGAAAUACAUGGCACAGUACCGCCGCGACCGGGACAGGUUCGUCAGCUUCUAUGAGGCAGUGAAAGUGAACUCUGCUGCCAUUCACCUCGCAGGCUUCCUGGUUCUCCUGGCCACUGUUCAGUUGUGGAACCUGCUACAUCCUAACGCCAGGCUGCAGGUCAUUGGCAGGACACUGAGCAAAGCCUGGGGCGAGGUGGUGGGCUUCCUGCUGAUCAUCUUGAUCCUGCUCACGAGCUAUGCCAUUGCUUUUAACCUGCUGUUUGGAUGGAGCAUCUCUGACUACCAGACUUUUGUCAGCUCAGCAAUGACUGUCGUUGGUCUCCUGAUGGGUAUUUCUCACCACAAGGAGGUUAUUGCUUUAGACCCAGUCCUGGGCUCCUUUCUGAUCCUCACCAGUGUCAUCUUGAUAGUACUUGUGAUAAUUAACCUUUUUGUUUCUGCCAUUCUAAUGGCCUUUAGAAAAGAAAGAAAGUCCCCUAAGAAAGAAGCUACAGUGGUAGAUAUGCUGCUACAGAAGUUCUCAAGUUUGUUAGGAAUCCAACGAUACCAGAACCCCUCAUCUAAGCAAGAAGCCAUGACAGCAAUGGGGAAAGACAUUGAGGUUGUAGAAAAUGAACUACCUUAA